GGGGAAACGCGGGGGAUGUCGUGGGGGGCGCUGAAGGUGGCCGCAGGGGCAGCCAGGGGACGCCGCGGCUGCUGGGGACAGUGGCGGGGCCCCGCAGCCUUCCGGGAGCGGGCGCGGGGCCCGUGCCUCGGGUGCGUGUGUGUGCAGCCGUGUGCACGCGGGUGUGGGCGGCCGAGGCUGCGCACGGAGGCUCUGCCGGCCGCGCCAGCCGGAGCCGAGCAGCUGGGAACCCGGGCCCCGGGUCCGAGAAGGACUGGAGAGCGCGGCGCCUGGGACCGCUCCUGGGACGCGCCUUCCAGCGCCUUCUCCCGCAAACGCACUGGACCAGCAGCUCACCCCGGGGAUAAUACCCGCUGCCCGUGCGCGUCUCGCUCAGUGACGGCGUGGGAGGCCACCGCGGAGAGCCCACUGCGGGGUCACGGCCGCUGCGCACAGCCUCUGUCUGGCUCUGGUGCAGGAGGCCUAGUUGCGUCACCUCCCUUUCCUUCAUCUGUUUGGCUUGAUUCCUGGGCCCCACUGGAGGCACUUAAUGCAAGAAGUAAAUAUCAUCCCCAUUUUACAGAUGCAGAAGCAUUGUCCAGAUGUGAACCAAGAUUUGGCCUUUUCACCAAGAGAAAAGGGAAGGCUCAUGGGCAUGGGCACACAGUGCUGAGAUCGUGGGCACACAUACUGGGGAUUGAACCCAGGGGCCUCAUGCAUGCCCGGCAAGCGCUCUACCACUGAGCUACUUCUUCAACCCAGUAAACUAGUUUUAAACAGAUGGCA